CUAAAAUCCUUCUGAACACCGAUACUACAGCGUGGAAAAAACAUAGUUCAGCUUUAGGAUGAGAUUUACAAACCUAUAAAAUCCUUAAAAGGUCAGUAGAAAGAUCAUGGCUUUGAGUUACCGGACAGUGAAGUCGAACGUCAGAUCCAGAGGAACUCAUCAGCCCUCUGCUCCAGUGGACAACAUUAAGGAGAUGCAGCAAAAGCUGAAAGAAGAACGCGAGGCCAAGAGGGCACAGCUGGACAGCAGACAUGACUAUGUUCUCAGCAUUGUGUCCUCUUGUGUGGGUCUGGAGAAGGCUGAAGUUGAAGAUGCGAUACUGGAGGGCACACAGAUUGAGCGGAUGGAGCAGUUCUUUGCUGUUGAUGGCCUUUCUCACCUUGUGUUAUACUACCAAGACACAGAGCCUGUGGAUGCAGCCGCAUCUUCCUCAAUGAGUCGUGGUAAGAAAGCCAAGGUCUUCGUGACGGAAGGCACAGAUGUGGCCCUCACUGGCAUUUGUGUAUUUUUCACCCGGGCAAACACCUCCAAGCCUAUCACAUCAGAGAAUAUCCACAGGGAUGUGAACUUCAACAUGUUGGACACCACGGGUGUUGGUCUGCUGAAGAGCGUGGAGCAGCUGCUGUCAGAGAUCUUCAUCCCUACUCUGAGGAAGAUGAACCACGGCUGGGGAGAGCUAGCAAGCCCGCAGGCUCAGGCUGUCAAACAAGACUUUAUUAGCUCCCUGGACAGCUUUGUCUCUGUGUUAGCUGGGGCACAGGAGAGCCUGCAGGAAAAGGUAAACCUCCAAGAAUGUGAAACUUUUGACUUGAAGACGUUGAAAGGGCCUUCAGAUUACACAGCCGUGGCCAACAGCACAGAGGCUCUGGAGAAGAUCGAAGCCUGCAUGAAAACCUGGAUCAAACAGAUCGAACAGGUCCUUGCAGAGAGUGACCAGCUAAGGAAAGAGGCAGAUGACCUGGGCCCCCGUGCAGAGCUUGACCACUGGAAGAAACGCAUGUCCCGUUUUAACUACCUGCUGGACCAGUUGAAGAGCCCCGAGGUCAAAGCUGUGCUGGGGGUUCUUAUUGUAGCCAAGUCCAAACUCAUUAAGGUUUGGCGAGAACUAGACAUCAGGAUCACUGAUGCAGCAAAUGAGGCCAAAGACAAUGUGAAGUACCUGUACACCCUUGAGAAGUUCUGUGACCCACUGUACAACAGCAACCCUGUGUCCAUGGUAGAAGCUAUUCCUGGGCUCAUAAAUGCGAUCCGUAUGAUCCAUAGCAUCUCUCGUUACUACAACACUUCAGAGAAGAUCACCUCCCUUUUUGUCAAGGUUACAAAUCAAAUGAUCACCGCCUGUAAAGCCUAUAUCACAAAUAAUGGCUCGGCAACCAUAUGGGAUCAGCCGCAGGAAGUGGUAUCUGAGAAACUCAAAGCUGCCAUUCGCUUGAAUCAGGAAUACCAGAAGUAUUUCCAAAAAACCAAGCAGAAGCUAGAGGAGAAUCCGUCGGAGCGUCAGUUUGACUUUAGCGAGAUGUACAUCUUUGGCAAGUUUGACACGUUUCAGCGACGGCUGAACAAAAUCCUAAACAUGUUUAGCACCAUUACCACCUACAAUGCCCUUCAGGACUCCAAAAUUGAGGGACUGGAAACCAUGGCAACCAGAUUUCAGGCCAUUGUGUUGACCAUGAAGAAAAAACAGUACAGUUUCCUGGACCAAAGAAGGACUGACUUUGAUCAGGACUAUGAUGAAUUUUGUAAACAAACUAGUGAACUACAUAUCCAACUGAAAACGUUCAUGGACAACACCUUUGACAAAAUACAAAAUACUGAGCGGGCUUUACAUGUGCUCAAGAAAUUUGAAAGGCUUGGCAUCCCAGACUUGGGCAUCAGUGAGAAGUACCAGAAGAUUCUGCAAAACUUUGGCAGGGACAUUGAGAUGAUCUCUCGAAUUUACACCAAACAGAAAAUAGACCCCCCCAUCGCUCCAGACCUCCCUCCUAUCGCAGGGAAGAUCGUGUGGGCUCGGCAGCUGUACAGCCGCAUCCAGGAGCCCAUGGAUCUUUUCCAGCAGCUUCCUGGGAUACUCAGCACCCCAGAUGCCAAGCCCAUCAUUCGAAAUUACAAUCGGGUGGCCAAGGUGUUGCUGGAGUUUGAAGUGCUUUAUCAUCAGAGCUGGAUGGCACAGACUGAGGCAGUUAAAGUGGGGCUGCAAGCCUCUUUGCUGGUCAAGAGUCCAGAAACUGGGGAGCUGCAUGUGAACUUUGACCCCCAGAUCCUGACCCAGAUUCGAGAGACAGACUGCAUGCUAGGAAUGGGACUUGAGAUUCCACCCUUUGCAGCCAUCUUGCAGCAGAAAAAGGAUGUUUUCAAAAAGAACUACAAUAAACUUCAGUUGAUGGUGUCAGAAAACUCCAGGGUGAGGUCUAAGAUCCAGCCAGCCUUUGAACAACUGCUCAUGGCACAUGUCGCUAAAGUAGAUGAGGCCAUCCUGCCCGGACUGACCUCCCUCAAUUGGACCUCCCUAAACAUAGAGAAAUAUCUUAAUCGGAUCACUGCUGCACUCGAAAACCUUGAACUUCUGCUGCACAGAGUGAAUGACCUUGUGGAGUUUAGAAUCGACGCUGUUUUGCAGGAAAUGAGUACUGCUACACUGUGUGUGUUGCCUGAAGAUGAGCCAUGCACCUGCGAGGAGUUUGUUCAGACCACUAAGGAGCUUUGCAUCAAAGGAGCCCAAAUGCUGCAUACCAAAAGCUCAUUGGUGGAGGAGGCAGCCAAUGAGCUGAUUAAUAUGUUACUGGAGUUUGAGCAGAAAGAGGAAGAAGAGAGAAACCGUGAUGAAAGCAGGACAGAGAGUAAAGUGGAACAGAUGGACAGUGAUGAGGAGGAAUGUAAAUCCGAGGGGCGUCUUUUGUCACGUAGCACCACGGCUCCUAGCGUUGGCCCCUCUUCCCCACUGGUGAGAAAGAAGAAAAAGAGGGAUCUGAUGAAGGUAAUGGAGGAGGAGGCAAAGGAGCUGCUUUCUCAUUUUAACCAUCGGAAUGUGGAUGCAUUACUGCGCCUGACGCGUAACACCCUGGAGACUCUACGCAAGCGCAUCCACGCAACAUCACUGAUGCAAUUUCUGGCAGAAGCCGAUUCCCCUAGUCGGCAGAAGGGAAGUGGGCUGCAGCCUAUCUUUAAGGCGGGAGUGUGUUUAGCCAUCCCAAACAUCAUCAUGGUUCCAGGGCUAGAUGAGGUUCAGCAAGCCUUGAACAGAGCUGUGGACUGUGUGGUCAGCGUCAGUAAAGGAGUUGGACAGUGGAGCAAGGAGAGAAUUUCCAAGAGGAAAAUGAGUGAGCGACGCAUGGCCGCUCUGAAACAGAACAGCCAAGAGAGUGAAUCAGAAGACGGUGAAUCAACCUAUCGCAGCUUCGGCGGCAGUACCUCAGAUAUAUCAGCGUCUGCAAACCAGGUCAUUCCCAUCCAAAUCAAGAACUACCACAAAAGCAUUUCUGAGAACAAAGAGAUUGUCAAGCUGGUUUCUGUGCUUAGUACGUCCAUCAACUCCACCAAGAAGGACAUAAUGAAUGCUUUGGAUCGCUUUAGCCUCUAUCACCACAUCUGGAAGAAAGAUAGAGAGGAAACCAUCCAGAAAUUCAUCCAGGGGAACCCUCUUCUUUCUGAAUUUGAGUCGCAGAUCCUGUACUACAGAGACCUGGAGCUAGAGAUUAAUGCAGAGCCUGAGUCUAUCUCAGUAGGAGCUCUGGCAUUAUAUACAGCGGAUCUGAAGUUGGCCCUUACUGCUGAGACAAAGAGCUGGAUGGUGGAUUUUGGUCACCAUUGCAACAGGAAGUAUCACAUGGAGAUGGAACAGAUCUUCACUUUUAUAGAUGAGGCGAGCAAGAAACUCAACAGGCAGAUUAAGGACUUGGAUGAUAUUCGUAUCGCUAUGGCAACGCUCAAGGAGAUCAGAGAACACCAGAUCUCCAUAGACUUUCAAGUUGGUCCAAUUGAGGAAUCGUAUGCCAUGCUUCAUAAGUAUGGAUUAUUGAUUGCCAAAGAGGAAGCAGAGAAAGUGGACACACUUCGGUACACCUGGGAGAAACUGCUUUCCCGUAGCACAGAGGUGCAGAACGAGCUGGUGUCCCUCCAACCAAACUUCAGAGGAGAACUCAUCAAAAACGUUGAGACCUUUGUGGAAGACUGCCAGUACUUCUACCAUGACUAUGACAGGGAUGGUCCCAUGGUGGUUGGAUUGGCUCCCCAGGAUGCCAGUGAUAGGCUUAUUAUGUUUCAGAAUCGCUUUGACAACCUGUUCCGCAAGUACAUCACAUACACAGGUGGGGAGGAACUCUUUGGCCUACCUGUUACCCAGCAUCCUCAGCUGCUUGAGAUCAGGAAACAGUUGACUCUUCUCCAAAAGCUAUAUGGACUCUACAACAGUGUCAUCGAGACAGUGAAUGGCUACUAUGACAUCUCAUGGGCCGACAUCCACAUUGACAGAAUCAACAAUGAACUUCUUGAGUUUCAGUCGAGGUGUCGUAAGCUGCCAAGGGCCCUGAAAGAGUGGCAGGCAUUUCUGGAUUUGAAAAAAACUAUUGACGAAUUUAGUGAGUGCUGCCCCCUGCUGGAUCUAAUGACUAACAAAGCAAUGAUGACACGCCACUGGAAGAGGAUUACUGAGGUUACAGGUCACACCUUUGAGGUCGAAACGGAUAACUUCAAGCUCCGUAACAUCAUGGAAGCCCCACUGCUGAAGUACAAAGAAGAAAUCGAGGAUAUCUGUAUCAGUGCUGUGAAGGAGCGUGACAUCGAGCAGAAACUCAAGCAAGUAAUUUCAGAAUGGGACAACAAGACCUUUACUUUUGCUCACUUUAAAACCAGAGGCGAGCUCCUUUUGAGAGGAGACAGUACAUCUGAGAUCAUUACUAACAUGGAGGACAGCCUGAUGAUGCUUGGUUCCCUUAUGAGCAACAGAUACAACACACCGUUCAAAGCCCAGAUCCAGAAGUGGGUCCAGAACCUCUCCAACACAACAGAUAUCAUUGAGAACUGGAUGACUGUACAAAACCUCUGGAUUUACCUUGAGGCUGUUUUUGUUGGUGGAGACAUAGCCAAACAGCUGCCAAAAGAGGCAAAGCGCUUCUCCAACAUUGAUAAAUCCUGGGUGAAAAUCAUGACUCGAGCUCAUGAGAUGCCCAAUGUAGUCCAGUCGUGUGUGGGAGAUGAGACUAUGGGUCAGUUGCUGCCUCACCUGCUGGAACAGCUAGAGAUGUGUCAAAAAUCUCUCACAGGGUAUCUGGAGAAAAAGCGUUUGCUGUUUCCACGUUUCUUCUUUGUAUCAGAUCCCGCACUGCUGGAGAUUUUGGGCCAAGCAUCUGACUCACACACCAUCCAGGCUCACCUGCUCAACAUCUUUGACAACAUCAAAUGUGUCCGCUUCCAUGAAAAGAUGUAUGAUAAGAUUCUGGCAAUAUCAUCACGAGAGGGUGAAACACUUGAGCUGGACAGGCCUGUCGUAGCGGAGGGCAAUGUGGAGGUCUGGCUUAAUGCGCUACUGAAAGAAUCCCAGAGGUCUUUGCACCUUGUCAUCCGUCAGGCUGCACUUUCCAUUCAAGACUCUGGUUUUGAGUUGAUCGAAUUUUUGGACUCCUUUCCUGCUCAGGUUGGUUUACUAGGAAUCCAGAUGAUCUGGACAAAGGAUUCUGAGGAUGCUUUGAGCAAUGCCAGAUAUGACCGUAAGAUCAUGGCUAAAACCAACCAUUUUUUUCUUGAGCUCCUCAACAAUUUAAUUGACAUGACCACAAAGGACCUUGGAGCUGUUGAACGGACCAAGUAUGAAACACUAAUCACCAUUCACGUACACCAGAGGGACAUCUUUGAUGAUUUGUGUCGUUUGCACAUCAAAAACCCUACAGACUUUGAAUGGCUGAAGCAGUGUCGCUUUUACUUCAAUGAGGACUCGGAUAAGAUGAUGAUCAACAUCACUGAUGUGGCUUUCGUGUAUCAGAAUGAGUUUCUAGGCUGCACCGACAGGCUGGUUAUCACUCCUCUCACUGACAGAUGCUACAUUACUUUAGCUCAAGCUCUGGGAAUGAGCAUGGGUGGAGCCCCAGCCGGGCCAGCGGGAACAGGAAAGACAGAAACCACUAAGGACAUGGGCCGCUGCCUGGGCAAAUAUGUGGUGGUAUUUAACUGCUCUGACCAGAUGGACUUCAGAGGCUUGGGCAGAAUAUUCAAAGGUCUUGCUCAGUCUGGCUCCUGGGGAUGUUUUGAUGAGUUUAACCGUAUCGACCUGCCGGUGCUUUCAGUGGCGGCUCAACAAAUUGCCAUUGUGCUUACCUGCAAGAAAGAACGGCGCAAGAACUUCAUCUUUACUGAUGGAGAUAACGUAGAGAUGAAUCCUGAGUUUGGCAUCUUCCUCACGAUGAAUCCUGGAUACGCAGGAAGACAGGAACUUCCAGAGAAUCUGAAAAUUAACUUCCGCUCAGUGGCGAUGAUGGUUCCUGACAGACAGAUCAUUAUCAGAGUGAAACUGGCAAGCUGUGGCUUCAUUGACAAUAUUGAGCUGGCCAGGAAAUUCUUCACUCUGUACAAACUGUGUGAGGAGCAGCUCUCUAAACAGGUCCACUAUGACUUCGGCCUGCGCAAUAUUCUGUCUGUUCUGCGCACUCUUGGUGCCGCAAAACGGGCUAAUCCUAAUGACACAGAGUCUACUAUUGUCAUGAGAGUUCUGCGAGACAUGAACCUGUCCAAACUGAUUGAUGAGGAUGAGCCAUUGUUCCUGAGUUUGAUCGAAGAUCUUUUCCCUGGAAUUCAGUUGGAUAAAGCUGGAUACCCUCAUCUGGAAUCAGCCAUAGACAAACAGGUAACUGAGGCUGGUCUUAUCAAUCACCCACCAUGGAGGUUAAAGGUCAUUCAGCUUUAUGAGACUCAAAGAGUUCGUCAUGGGAUGAUGGCACUAGGACCCAGUGGAGCAGGAAAAACAACCUGCAUCCAUACCCUAAUGAAGGCCAUGACUGAUUGUGGCCAACCUCACAGAGAGAUGCGUAUGAACCCUAAAGCUAUAACUGCACCUCAAAUGUUUGGUCGACUCGAUGUGGCAACCAACGACUGGACUGAUGGAAUCUUUUCCACUCUCUGGAGGAAAACACUCAGAGCAAAGAAAGGGGAACACAUAUGGAUUGUUCUUGAUGGGCCAGUUGAUGCUAUAUGGAUUGAAAACCUAAACUCAGUCCUGGAUGAUAACCGCACACUGACAUUGGCCAAUGGUGACCGCAUCCCCAUGGCUCCCAAUUGUAAGAUUGUGUUUGAGCCACACAACAUCGAUAACGCCUCCCCGGCCACAGUGUCCCGUAAUGGAAUGGUGUUUAUGAGCUCUUCUGUCCUUAAUUGGAGCCCUAUUUUGGAGGGCUGGCUGAAGAAUCGCUCCCCUCAGGAAGGGGUGGUCCUGAGGGAUCUCUUUUCGUCCUCCUUCCCUGAGCUCUAUCGAUUCAGCAUUCAAUCUUUGCAAUAUAAAAUGGAGAUGCUGGAGGCCUUCAUCAUCAUGCAGUGCAUAAACAUGCUGCAAGGACUCAUUCAGCCCAAGGAGCAGGGAGGGGAGCUGUCUCGUGAGCACAUGGAACGUCUGUAUGUCUUCGCUCUGAUGUGGAGUGUGGGAGCCCUGUUGGAACUGGAUGAUCGAAUCAAGAUGGAGCAAUGGCUCCGUCACCAUGACAACAUCUGCCUGGACCUUCCCAACAUCCCACCCCACAGCGAGGACACUAUGUUCGACUUUUACGUCACUAAUGAUGGCCACUGGGUUCACUGGAAUACCAGAGUGGAAGAGUAUAUUUACCCACCUGACUCUACACCAGAGUACGGCUCCAUAUUGGUGCCCAAUGUAGACAAUGUUCGCACUGACUUCCUCAUCCAGACCAUUGCAAAGCAGGGCAAGGCUGUGCUUUUGAUAGGAGAACAGGGCACUGCCAAAACCGUCAUCGUCAAAGGCUACAUGUCCAAAUAUGACCCAGAAUCCCACGCUGCCAAGAGUCUCAAUUUCUCCUCUGCCACCACACCUCUUAUGUUUCAGCGCUCUGUGGAGAGUUAUGUUGAUAAACGAAUGGGAACCACUUAUGGCCCUCCGGCAGGGAAGAAAAUGUCCAUCUUUAUUGACGACAUCAACAUGCCUGUGAUCAAUGAAUGGGGUGACCAGGUCACCAAUGAAAUAGUUCGGCAGUUGAUGGAGCAAAAUGGCUUCUUUAACCUGGAGAAACCAGGAGAGUUCACCAACAUUGUGGAUAUCCAGUUCUUGGCAGCUAUGAUCCACCCUGGAGGGGGACGAAAUGAUAUCCCCCAGAGACUGAAGAGGCAGUUUUCUAUUUUCAACUGUACUCUUCCUUCCAAUGCCUCUAUAGACAAGAUCUUUGGGGUGAUAGGCACAGGUCAUUACUGUUCCCGACGGGGAUUUUCAGAGGAAGUACGCAACUCAGUGGUCAGGCUGGUUCCACUGACCCGAAGACUAUGGCAAAUGACAAAGGUUAAAAUGCUGCCCACUCCCGCCAACUUCCACUACAUUUUUAACCUGCGUGACCUCUCCCGCAUCUGGCAGGGAAUGCUCAGCGUGACUGCAGAGGUCAUCAACUUGCCUGAUGUAUUACUACAGCUGUGGAAGCAUGAAUGCAAACGUGUUAUCGCUGACCGGUUUACUGCCCCAGAAGAUGUGGCCUGGUUUGACUACACACUGGCCAAGCUGGUGGAAGAAGAGCUUGGGGAAGAAGAACGAGUGGUGGUGGAUCUUGGGGUGGAUUCCUACUUUGUGGACUUUCUCAGAGAUGCACCUGAGGCCACAGGUGAGGAACCAGAGGAAACUGAUUUCGACAUGCCAAAAGUAUAUGAGCCUAUCAAAUCUUUUGAUAGUCUAAUGGAGAGGCUGAACAUGUUUUUGAGUCAUUACAAUGAGAGCAUCAGAGGAGCAGGCAUGGAUUUGGUUUUCUUCAGGGAUGCCAUGAUUCAUCUGGUUAAGAUUUCUCGGAUCAUCAGGACCCCUCGGGGAAAUGCCCUCUUGGUCGGUGUAGGGGGUUCUGGAAAACAGAGUCUGACAAGACUAGCGUCUUUUAUCGCUGGCUACAAGACUUUCCAGAUUACACUCACUCGUUCCUACAACACCCCCAACCUGAUGGAGGACCUGAAGGGCUUGUACAGAACUGCUGGACAUCAGGGCAAAGGCGUCAGCUUUAUUUUCACUGACAACGAGAUCAAGGAUGAAUCCUUCCUGGAGUACAUGAACAACGUCCUUUCAUCAGGAGAGGUGUCCAAUUUGUUUGCUCGAGAUGAGAUCGACGAGAUUAUUAGUGACCUCAUUCCAGUCAUGAAGCGAGAGUUUCCACGGCGACCGCCCACGAAUGAAAACCUACAUGAUUAUUUUAUGAGCAGAGUGAGGCAGAACCUUCACGUGGUUCUGUGCUUCUCUCCAGUUGGGGAGAGGUUCCGUAAUCGAGCUUUGAAGUUUCCGGCUCUUAUUUCAGGAUGCACCAUGGACUGGUUUAGUCGCUGGCCCAAAGAUGCUCUGAUCGCAGUGUCAGAACACUUCCUGUCCAUGUAUGACAUAGACUGCACUCCUGAGGUAAAGGGGGAAGUGGUUCAGUGCAUGGGCUCUUUUCAGGAUGGGGUGGCAGAAAAGUGUGCAGAUUAUUUUCAGCGGUACCGACGUUCCACACAUGUCACACCCAAAUCCUACCUGUCCUUUAUCCACGACUACAAAACCAUCUACAAAGAGAAGCACUCAGAGGUUCAGACUCUCGCCGAAAGGAUGAACACUGGCCUCCAGAAACUCAAGGAGGCCUCUGAGUCUGUUGCUGCCCUCAGCAAAGAGCUGGAGGUGAAGGAGAAAGAACUUCAGAUAGCCAAUGAGAAGGCUGAUAUGGUGUUGAAGGAGGUGACCGUGAAGGCUCAGGCUGCUGAAAAGGUCAAAGUUGAAGUUCAAAAGGUCAAAGAUAAAGCACAGGCCAUAGUUGACAGCAUCUCUGCAGACAAGGCCAUCGCUGAAGAGAAGUUGGAGGCAGCCAGGCCUGCUCUGGAAGAGGCUGAGGCAGCACUGCAGACCAUAAAGCCAUCAGACAUUGCUACGGUGCGAACACUGGGCAGACCGCCCCACCUCAUCAUGCGUAUUAUGGACUGUGUGUUGUUACUCUUCCAGAGGAGAGUGAACACGGUGAAAAUUGAUCCUGAGAAAAACUGCACCAUGCCCUCCUGGCAAGAGUCACUAAAACUCAUGACUGCUGGGAACUUCCUGGGCAGUCUACAGCAAUUUCCCAAAGACACCAUCAAUGAGGAGGUGGUGGAACUCCUCUCUCCGUACUUUGACAUGUUAGACUAUAACAUAGAAACAGCCAAGAGGGUGUGCGGCAAUGUUGCAGGUCUUUGCUCCUGGACCAAAGCAAUGGCUGCCUUCUUUUCUAUCAAUAAAGAAGUGCUUCCUUUGAAGGCUAAUCUGGCUGUGCAGGAGAACAGGCUGACCAUAGCUAAUGUGGACCUCCAGAAAGCCCAGGCAGAACUGGAUGCUAAGCAAGCAGAGCUGGAUGUAGUUCAGGCUGAGUAUGAGAAGGCCAUGAUGGAAAAACAGACUUUACUAGAGGAUGCAGAACGCUGUCGACACAAGAUGCAAACAGCCUCUAGUCUGAUCAGUGGGCUGGCAGGAGAGAAGGAGCGUUGGACACAGCUUAGUAAAGAGUUUGCUGCUCAGACCAAACGACUAGUUGGUGAUGUGCUGCUGGCUACAGCCUUCCUGUCCUACUCGGGCCCUUUUAACCAAGAGUUCCGCAACCUCCUUCUCACUGAUUGGCAAAGAGAAAUGAAGUCCCGCCAAAUUCCUUUUAGGACUAAUCUGAAUCUCACCGAGAUGUUGAUUGACGCUCCCACGGUAAGCGAAUGGAACCUACAGGGGCUGCCCAAUGAUGACCUGUCCAUCCAGAAUGGGAUUAUUGUUACAAAAGCUGCCAGAUUUCCCUUGCUGAUUGACCCCCAGACCCAGGGAAAGAUCUGGAUUAAGAACAAAGAAUCCAAGAAUGAGCUUCAGAUCACCUCACUGAAUCACAAGUACUUCAGAAACCAUCUAGAGGACAGUUUAUCUCUAGGGCGUCCCCUACUGAUUGAGGAUGUUGGGGAGGAAUUGGAUCCUGCCCUGGACAAUGUCCUGGAGAAGAACUUCAUCAAGACUGGGUCCACAUAUAAGGUGAAAGUAGGUGAUAAAGAAGUGGAUGUAAUGAAGGGUUUCCGUCUCUAUGUGACCACUAAAUUGCCCAAUCCAGCAUACACUCCUGAGAUCAGUGCACGGACAUCCAUUAUCGACUUCACUGUUACUAUGAGGGGUCUGGAAGAUCAGCUGCUGGGCAGAGUUAUUCUUACUGAGAAACAGGAACUGGAGAAGGAGCGGACUGACCUGCUAGAGGAUGUGACGGCCAAUAAACGUAAAAUGAAGGAACUGGAGGAUAAUCUACUUUUUAGGCUGACCAGCACGCAGGGCUCGCUGGUGGAUGAUGAGAGCCUCAUCAUAGUGCUGGGAAACACCAAACGCACUGCAGAGGAGGUCACACAGAAACUCCAGAUCGCUGCUGAGACUGAGAUCCAGAUCAAUGCGGCCCGUGAGGAAUACAGACCCGUUGCCACAAGAGGAAGCAUCUUGUACUUUCUGAUCACGGAGAUGAGCAUGGUGAACGUGAUGUAUCAGAGCUCCCUGCGCCAGUUCCUGGGCUUGUUCGACUUGUCCUUGGCAAAGUCCUCAAAGAGUCCAAUUACAAGCAAACGGAUUGCCAACAUCAUCGAGUACAUGACUUUCGAGGUGCACAAGUACGCAGCUCGGGGUUUGUAUGAAGAACACAAGUUCCUGUUCACCCUGCUGCUCACUCUCAAGAUCGACAUGCAGAGCAACAGGGUCAAACACGAGGAGUUCCUGACCCUUAUUAAAGGAGGUGCUUCGCUGGACCUGAAAGCCUGUCCACCCAAAGCUGCAAAGUGGAUCCUGGACAUAACAUGGCUCAACCUGGUGGAGCUGAGCAAACUGUGGCAGUUCUCUGACAUUCUAGAUCAGAUUGGGCGUCAUGAGAAACAGUGGAAGAGUUGGUUUGAUCGAGAGGCACCAGAGGAAGAACCAAUCCCAAAUGCAUAUGACCAGGCUCUGGACUGUUUUAGGCGGCUACUCCUUAUUCGAUCCUGGUGUCCAGAUAGAACCAUCGCUCAGGCACGAAAGUACAUCAUGCACUCAAUGGGGGAGAGAUAUGCUGAGGGAGUGAUUCUGGACCUGGAGAAGACCUGGGAGGAGUCGGACCCCCGCACUCCUCUCAUCUGCUUCCUGUCCAUGGGUUCAGACCCAACAGACUCAAUCAUCGCCCUGGGCAAACGACAGAGAAUUGAGACUCGUUACGUCUCAAUGGGUCAGGGGCAGGAAGUUCAUGCACGCAAACUUCUGCAGCACUCCAUGGCUAAUGGAGGCUGGGCUUUACUUCAAAACUGUCAUUUGGGUCUGGAAUUUAUGGACGAACUGAUGGAUACAAUCACAGAAACAGACAGCAUUCAUGACACCUUCAGACUGUGGAUGACCACUGAGGUCCACAGACACUUUCCUAUCACUCUCCUGCAGAUGUCAAUCAAAUUCACCAAUGAGCCUCCACAGGGACUGAAAGCCGGACUUAAAAGGACUUAUGGAGGUAUCAGUCAGGAUCUUCUAGAUGUGAGCAACAUGGUACAGUGGAGGCCCAUGUUGUACGGGGUGGCAUUCCUCCAUUCCACUGUCCAAGAGAGGCGAAAAUAUGGACCUUUGGGUUGGAACAUACCAUAUGAGUUCAACCAGGCAGAUUUCAAUGCAACCAUACAGUUUGUCCAGAAUCACCUGGAUGAUAUGGACAUCAAGAAGGGCGUGUCCUGGAACACUGUACGAUACAUGAUCGGCGAGAUCCAGUAUGGCGGUAGGGUGACUGAUGACUAUGACAAGCGCCUCUUGAACACAUUUGCGAAGGUGUGGUUCAAUGAAAACAUGUUCAGCCCUGAUUUCCACUUCUACAAAGGCUACUGCAUUCCCAGAUGCAAUAGUGUGGACCAGUAUCUCCAAUACGUUCAGGGUCUCCCAACAUAUGACACCCCUGAGGUGUUCGGCCUCCACCCAAAUGCAGACAUCACCUACCAAAGCAAACUUGCCAAGGACGUACUAGACACUAUCCUGAGUAUCCAACCAAAGGACAGCUCCAGCGGAGGGGGAGAGACCAGGGAGGCGAUUGUGGGUCGGCUAGCAGAUGACAUGCUGGAGAAACUGCCUCCAGAUUUUGUACCAUUCGAGGUCAAAGAGAGAUUGAUGAGCAUGGGUCCCCUCCAGCCCAUGAACAUUUUCCUGCGGCAGGAGAUUGAUCGCAUGCAGAGAGUGAUUGUUCUGGUCAGGAACACGCUGAGUGACCUGAAGCUGGCCAUCGAUGGAACCAUCAUAAUGAGCGAGAACCUGCGAGAUGCACUGGACUGCAUGUAUGACGCCCGAAUACCCGCACGCUGGAAAAAGGCCUCCUGGGCUUCUACAACAUUGGGGUUUUGGUUCACAGAGUUGCUGGAGCGUAACCGGCAGUUCCACUCUUGGAUUUUUGAGGGACGACCCAACUGUUUUUGGAUGACAGGCUUCUUCAACCCACAGGGCUUCCUGACAGCUAUGAGACAGGAGAUCACUCGUGCUAACAAGGGGUGGGCGUUGGACCGUAUGGUUCUGUGUAAUGAAGUUACUAAAUGGAUGAAGGAUGACAUUACACAGCCUCCUUCAGAGGGGGUGUAUGUCUAUGGCCUCUACCUGGAAGGGGCCGGAUGGGACCGCAGGAACUGCAAGCUUAUUGAUUCCAAACCCAAAGUACUGUUUGAGAUGAUGCCUGUGGUCAGGAUGUACGCAGAGAACAAUGGUGUCAAAGAUGCUCGCUUGUAUUCAAGUCCAAUAUAUAAGAAACCUGUUCGAACAGACCUGAACUACAUCGCAGCUGUUGACCUGAGAACCAGUCACCCUCCAGAAUACUGGAUCCUGAGAGGAGUGGCCCUCCUGUGUGACGUCAAAUAAUCAGGUCAAACUCUAGUUUAGGGUUAAUUCUUACUAUGAACUAGUUGCUUAUUAGCAUGCAUAUUACAGGAUAUUGGCUUCUUAUUUACUUAUAAAGCAUAUUAAUGCCUUAUUCUACAAGACCAUAUUCUACAUCCCUUAAUCCUACCCAAUACCUAAACUUAACAACUAACUUACUAACAGUAUUAAUAUAAUAAGCAGUAAUUAUGCGUGUAUUGAGGCAAAAGUCAUAUUUAAUAGUUAGUUAAUAGUGAGAAUUGGACCCUAAUCUAAAGUGUGACCAAUAAUCAUCUUUUAAAAUGAUUGAAUACAAAAGUUUACUGAUGGCUUUCUGAUCUUUUUCUGUAUUUUUACUGAUGUUUACCCUGAUCACCUGAAUAAAAACAUGUACAGCUCUCUAUAGAACCAUAUAUAAGGUUUCUAAGAAUCACAGCAGGAGCCUUGAUAUCUAAACCAUCAUAAAUAUUGUCAAGUUGUACAUCGUCAUAUGGUUUUCUGAGUGCCUCUCAAGACCAUCUGCUGUGUCUCGUCUUUAAAUGUAUGAACCUGUGGAUUAAAGGCCAAAUGUAAGCCUGCUGAUUAACAGCCCAGCUGAAGCGUAUUCAUGCUUGUCCUACAGUAAACAGUCUCGUGUGUACAAGUCAAGGUUGGUUUGAGCUGUGGAAGAGAUUUACCUAAGCCCAUUUUCAACCUCUUCAGCAAACACCAUUUAUUCUGGGAUGCAGUAUAACAGGUGUAAAACUGUCAGAAAAUGAUUUUAAGAUUCAGAGUUAUUUUUCAUCUCUGCUAAAGAGAACUGGGGCCUCAUUUAUAAAAUGUUGCACAGAAACCAUCCUAAAUUUGUUCUUACGAUCAUUUCUCCGAUGUGCGUAUGUGUGAUUCAUAGAAUGAACGUACACACAGAAAACGAGCGUACGCCUCUUUUUCAGAUGUGAAAUCUAUAAAUCGCAAAUGAUCUUGAACUUGUGCGCAGCUGAAUAGUUUCAGUUCUCCGCGUUUUAAAUGACACUAAAUUAAUGUAAUUUACAUUUAAAAGAUCACCAGUCAUCGUCCAAAUCCUUGGCGAACGGCAAGAACAGCUUAGAUUUCCAAAAACCUGCAGUAAUCUGACCAGGAAAAGUGUGUACGUCUGCUCAGACCCUGACGUGUCUCUAAGCACUUUUCCACGUCAAAGACCGUUUUUAUAAAUAUGAGCGUUGGUGUGGAUUUAAGCGUACGCACACUCUAAGAUCAAAUCUGUGCGUACACACGCUUUAUAAAUGAGGCCCAUGGGCGGCGUCCAAAAUCACAUACUUCAGGCGAAAAACAGUAUGUGACAAAAAAAGUAUGUCCUAACUCACAGUGCUCAUAAAAGAGUAGACAAAAAGUACCCAAAUGACCAACUACAUCAGUUCAGAUGAGAUUCUGAAGUGUGCAUACAAUGGGCACUUUACUAUCCAAUGAGGCAGCAGGAGAGAAUUUAUGAAUGGCCAGCAAAGUGACACAACUGAUAAUGACAACAUGGCGAAUAUAGUGUGUCCAGAUUACAUUCAUAUCGCACACACAUACUAUAUAAAGCAUACUUUUUUUUUUUUUUAGCACUCACAAAGUACUUAAACCCCUAUUCAAGAGAGUAUAAGAUUUUGGAUGCAGCCAUUGUCCAUAUAUAGUUUAUUCACAGUCACCGAAAUUAUUUUUUGUGUCAAAUGUCAUCCUAGCACAGAAAAGAGUUGACAAAUUCAAAUAAAUUUGUAAUUUUUUCUAAAGAAAUUACAUUCUGUCACAUGAAACAUGAAGACAAUGUGUCUUUUCGUAAGAGCAAGAUCGACUUAGCUAAUGAUGAAGAGAAUUUUAUGAACAGUAUGAAGAAUUUAAACUUUCACACAGCAUGAGCUCAUUGUAAUUAAAAUAGCUAAAUAAAAUACAAAUAGCUAAUAUAUCAAUGUGCAAGUAAAUUUCUACAGGUCCACAACAAGAAAAACCUGUAUGUAUUCAUUUAAAAUGAAAAUGCUUUAUAUAUAUAUAUAUAUAUAUAUAUAUAUAUAUAUAUAUAUAUAUAUAUAUAAACUACAUAUAAUUAGUAUUAUUAGAUGUUACACUAGCUGUAAAGCAGAUAAAGGCAACGUACAAAAAUAUCAAAGUGGAACAAAUUAAAUCAUCACCUGAUGGAAAUCUACAUCUCUUGAAUGUAUAAUUAUAAAGAAUCUAAUUUUGUCCAUCUCUAAAAAUAAAGCAU